AGCAGGAAAUAGUAAAAAAAUCAUUUCAUUCAUUGCUCUUUAGUAUAAUAUUUUCUUUUUUUCUUAUAGAAAAAUACCUUUAAUUAAUAUUUCUAGCAUACAAAAUGGAGAGUUCGGACGGGGAGAUCAAGGAUGACUUCUCGGAUAUAUCGGAAGAAGAUUAUUUCGACUCGAUAGCAAGCAAAAUUGAGAAAAGGAAAUUGGAACUAGAACUUUUAAAUUCAAUUGAGGCUGUUUAUGUUGAUGACUAUGCCAAGGAAAAUCGUUUUGAGAAUCAUCGAAAUAGACAAAACACAUCCAGAAGUAAUUUUCGAAAAGAGAAAUCCAGAAAACCACCACCACAUAAUGAAAUACGUAAUCGUGCUUAUCGUGCCUCAUCGAUAUUUUCGACUGGCUAUACAUUACCAAAGCGAAAAAGACAACGAAGAAGACGAAAGUACUCAAAACUUAAAUCACCACCACCUAUUGUCUACCUUAGUAGUCCAGAGAGUCCAGAAUCUGUCGUUGAGGUAAAGGAAUCUGAAUCUGAUGAGGAAUUACUAUUAAGACUACAAGCAUUAACUUCAAAAAAAGAAGUUAAAAGCUUAAUUGAACCAAAUCCAAAAGUUGAAACUAUUGAAACACCACAUCCAUCACCAACUGAGCCAGCAUUACAAACUAAUAACAAUAGUAAUGAAGAGGAACUGCUUAGAAUCGCUGCCUUAAGAUCCGCUAUAUUGAAGAAAAAAGAUCAUUUUAGGAAGAGGAAGCAACUAAGGAAACUAGAAAGUGAACGUCCAUAUAGUCCAGAUAAUUUUGAGCCAAUAAUUGAUGUUGCAAUGGAUUUAAGUAACUCCCCAUUAGGCUCACCAUUCCACAAUUCCUGUGAUAUUAAUGAGGAAAUUGAUAUGGAUAUUUCAAAUAGUCCAUCAGAAGUUCAUGAAAAUCUAGAGGCUUGUGACAUGGAACUUGUAUAUUCGCCACAAUCAAAGCAUGAAAUUGUAAAUGAGGAGAAUGAUGAGGAAUUGGAACUUCGGUCCAUGCUUUUAUCGUCUAUAAAUGUCAAAAAAAGAAAAAGUGACGAUGAUACAACUGAGAGAUUAUCAGAAAAUGAGCUAAGUGAACCUGCAUCUCCACAAUUAGAUAUAACUAAUCUUAAAAUGGCAGUUGAGAGACUUAAACAACAGAAACACCAUGUGCCAACACUAGUCUCUAGCAAGUCUGGAAAAUCGGGAACUAAAACAAUCAAAAUGAUAUUGGAAGAACAAAAGAAUAAGAAAUUAAUCAAAGAUACUUCAAUUAAUGAAGUUGAUGAUGAAAUAGUUAAGAGCACUGAUAAUCAUGAGCUUACUUUAGAUGAUAAUAAUACAUUAAGUGAAAUUAAAAACGAACAAAUUGCGAAAGAGGAGAUUUUGGAACCGUCAGAAACUUCUCUCAUUGACAAAAUAAGUACCAGUCAAUCACCACAAAAUAAUAGUAAUGAUGAUUCAGCAUUAGAUAAAGUGUCUUUAACCAUUGAGCCAUCAGAUUCAUCAUUUUCAACAAUCACUGAUACAAAAAAUAUUCCUUUGCUGCCAGAAAAGAAGAAAGUUGAAAAUAGACUUGUUACUUCCUUAGAUUCUGUUAUACGACCUGUUACGCCACUCAUUAUAAAGUUAUAUUUUGAUAGUUCUGAAGAUGAAUAUGACAAGAGAGAAAAGAAAACGAUUAGAAAAGUUAUUCAUGCUCCAAAGUCCUCAGCACCUGAUUUUCAAAUGAAUCUUGACUCUUUCUUAAAAAAUAUUCGCUCACAACAAGAGCUGUCUCAAGUUAACAGAACAACUAGCAAAACAAGUCCUUCAUAUUUAAAAGAAAAUGCUCAAAUAUCGCCAAAAACAUCAGCAGUUAAGCAUCUUCCGUUAUCAUCGCAAGUAGAAUAUGAGAAAUUGGUACAAAAAAUGAAAAUUCUUCAAGAAGCUAAGCAACAAAGACAAAAGGCAGGAACUUUAAAACGUACCAAAUCGUCAUCAGAACAAUCAAACCCGUCGCAAAAUACCAAUUCAUCAAAUUCCAGCAAAAACCAACAACAAACACAAUCUGAAGAUCAGCAAAAAGUUGUUGGUUUUAAAGAAUUGGAAAACAAAUCGACCAAAAUUGAUGACGCUUUAGGAAAAAUUCCACUUUUGGACGAAGCUGCAAGAUCAAGGCUUAUCGAAAAGACUGAAAUUAAUUACCUUAAUCAUACUAAAAAUCUUCUGGAAUCGACUGAGAGCAAUAUUAAGCUGCUAGAUGAAAAUAGUUUAGAGUUUAAGCGGAAAGAUAAAAUUGAGUCAAAGAUUGCUGAAUUUGAAAAAUCUUUAAUUAAAUACAAAAAUUAUCUACGAGUCGUUAACACUAGAAUUAAGACAAAUACUCCAAAGAUUUUGCAGUCACAACGAGAUAUGAUAAAACUUAGGAAUCACCAAUUCAAGUUUGGUCAAAUAUGUCAGAAAGUUGGUGAAACUGUUCGAGGUGAUUCUUACAUUUUGCCAGACUGUGAAACUUCAAAGAUCGAGAAUAAUUUCCUAAAGAUAUCAGAAAAGACGGAGGAGAUACAUAAAGUUGUGCCUGAAGAUCAAGCAUAUGUAUCGAAGCAGUUGAAACUCUUGGCUGAUAAAGUCAAGGAAUUUUCUCCAAAAGUAGAUAUUAGUAAAGAAAUCGAGGCAACUAAUAAUGCUCAAGUAGAUUCUGAUGCCAAGAACACAAAACCAGAACGUGCCAUAAUUCGUAGCGUAAGUCAAUUGAUAGCAGCUUGUAAUAAUGAUGAAAAUGAGAUAGAAGAGAAGCUUGAAAAAUCAGAAGUAAGCGUAGAAGACGAGCAGUCAAAAGCACCAGAAGUUCAUCGAAAUGUAAAGAGAGUUUUAGAGAAUAUGGAAUCGACAGUCUCCAUGAAGAAAAUGAAGCAUUAUGAAUCGCCAUUAGAGUUUCUGAAGUUACCUCACAUGAGCAAUCGAAAGUAUGAUAUUAGUUUAGAUUUUAAAUUCCUAAUCAAUUUGAGUUUCUUGCAAUAUUUUCCUUAUGAUUUAACGUCAAAAAACAUAUUUGAUUUUGUAUACAUUUAGAAGUGUGAAUCAGAUAAUCUGCCCAUAUUCGAUGGAAGGGACGUGUAAUGACUUAGACUGUAAAUACUUUCAUCUUUGACAAACACAAACAGCGAGAAAAGAUAAGUUUCAGAAUACGGGGUAAGUUUUUACUAACAUAAAACACAAUUUAAACACAGACACCUGAAGUAUCCUGAAAAGAAAUAAUAAUAAUAUGAAAAGCACCAAAAUUUUAUGUUAAGUGAUUUUUUUUUAAAUAAACUAAAUUCGAAUGAAAACAAAAACAAGUAUCAAGCUUCCUAGACAAGUAUGAAAAAGUUGCUUUAUGCGAAGACAUGCAAUAAAUAGCAUAGAGCAUAAUCUUCCAUUAUGUGUUGAAUCGUUUUUUUAUUACUUAAAUCUUACUUUAUUGAUGAAAAAAGAGCAAAAGAAUUUGAAAUAAAGAUAUUUUAAAGAAAUAAACUUGAACUGUUUUUAUUGAUGCUUUCAGGCUAUUGGGAUUUUAUAGAAGCAAAUCUUUCUGUCUGAUCCAACGAUUAAAUAUGAUGAAUGCCAUGUGACAUUUCCUGAAUAGGCUAUGAUUUUAGUUGAAAAAAGGUUCGAAAUUGUGCUCUUUUGAUGUACUACUUUUAGUUCCGUUGCUGCUCUAUUACAGAUGACUGCAGAAAUCAGAGGAUUUUGUGGAUGAAUUGUUAUUAUCUUUCCCACGUCGUUGAGUCUCUUGCUGUAAAUUGGUAUGUCUGGCUUGGAAAUAUCAAAAUAAAAGAUUUGAUCGUAGGCGAUUGCAGCCACAAUACAUGGAUUUUUUAUGGACCAGUCAAAGCACAUAAGUGGAGCAUGAGUGUAGAAGCUGUAUAGUGACUGACGAAGUUUCAAGCAGUAAAUAAAUAAAUUUCCAUUCUUUACACUAAUUAAUAGCUUGUUAAGCUCCUCAGGAUUGAAUUUUACGCAAGUUACAGAAGCUGAGAAAUUCAAGACUGAAUGCUGCUCAUAAUUGUCCUUGACUGAGAAUAUUUUGCAUGUAUGAUCAUCACUUCCAGAUGCGAUAUAUUCGUCAGAGAAGUCAAUUGAAUUUAUGUAGCUACUGUGAGCAUUAAUUUUAGUCAAGCAGUUUGCUUCCGUUUCGUUUGCAGAAAAUACAUUAAUUGUGUAAUUUGAGCAUGAUGCAAAGACGAUGUUUCUGGCUAUAACUUGUGAGCAAAACUUUAAUAUUUUAGUCUCACUUUCAGCUAUUUCCCUAAUCUUCUUAUACUCAAAAUUUAAUUCUUCAGCACUUCCAAAAUCAAAUGCCAAAAUUAGUAUUCGUCUCAUAAAACCAAUUAAUAUUAUAUUUUCACCGUGAAUCGAUGGCAAUGAUGAGUCGUAACAUAUGAUCUUCUCAUUGAGAUCAAUCUCGUACGUUGGACGUGCUGUUUGAUUAGUUAAAUUCUGUAUUUUGUUCAUGACUUACAGUAUAUUCAAUUUAUUUUUUUAACGACAAUAUUUGUAAACAAAAAAAAAG